CCUUUUGUGUUAUAGGUGAAACUUGCAGUGUGCCAUCACUCGUAUUAUCAGCAAGCAAGGAACUCCUUUUGGUGGUUUUCUUGUCAUUCGCUGAUUCUCUCUAGUCAUCAUCUCCGAACAAGCUUGUCAGAAAGCCAUGGACUUUGUUCUGAGGAAGAUAGAUGAACACUUGGACAAUCACUUGAGCUUUGAUCAGCAUAUGAAGUACCUUAAAAGGAAAUUAAAGGAAUUGAAUGGUCUGAAGAAAGAUACAGAGUCUAUAAUGAGCAUUGAGCUGCAGCCAAGAAAGAAACUCAAGGAGGAAGUCCAGAUAUGGUUGGAAAAUGUUGAAAGAAUCAAUGGCGAGGUGCAAGACCUUGAUGGAAGGAUGGGUGGAAGCAGUGCCCUUACACGCGGAUUUGGAAGACAAGAUGUGUCAAAGAGUAUAAAGGAAGUGGAAGAACUUAUUACUCAACACCGUAAAUUUCAUGGAGGUUUGGUGGUUGACAAUCCUCAAUGGAUCGGACAAGUUUUGUCGGCAACAAGUUUAUCAGGUGAAGCUGUAAAGGCCUGUAUUGAAGAGAUUUGGCAGUGCUUGAUGGAUGAUGAGGUUCAAAAGAUUGGACUUUGGGGGAUGGGUGGCGAGGGGAAAACAAGCAUUAUGAAAGUUAUAAAUAACCAACUCCUAAAAGAGACGGGGAAAUUCGAUAUUGUGAUUUGGAUCACUGUAUCCAAGCAGAUGAGUAUUGCAAAACUGCAGAAAGACAUUGCAGGUAAAAUUGGAGUAGAAUUUUCUGGUGAUGAAGAUGAAACAACAAGAGCGGGAAUGCUCUUUGAAACAUUGUCUCAGAAGAGUAGGUUUGUGAUGAUCUUGGAUGACCUAUGGGAGAAGGUUUCCCUUGAGAGAAUAGGAAUUCCCGAGCCUUCAAAUGGGAGUAAAUUAGUGCUGACAACGCGAUCAUUUGAUGUGAGUCGACAAGUGGGUUGUAGAGUAAUCAAAGUAAAGCCUCUGAUGGAAGAGGAGGCAUGGAAGUUGUUCUUGGAGAAGGUGGGAUUUGUUAUUAUCAAUAUUCGAGGCGUGGAACCAAUUGCAAGAUCAAUGGCCAAGCAUUGUGCAGGUUUGCCCUUGGGAGUAAUUACUAUAGCUUCAUGUAUGAAGGGAAUUGAUGACAUUUCUGAAUGGAGGAAUGCACUGAAAGAAUUAAGCCUACGCAAAAAAAGUGUUAACGGAUUCGAAGACGAAGUGUUCCAACAAUUACAAUUUAGUUAUGAUCUGUUAAAGGAUCCAAAACUUCAACACUGUUUUCUCAGUUGUGCAUUAUAUCCAGAAGAUCAGGAAAUCGAUGAGGGCCGUCUUAUUCGACUUUGGAUCGGAGAAGGGCUUGUGGAAGAAAUGGAUAGCAUGCAGGCAGAGUUUGACAGGGGUCGUGCGAUAAUGAAUAGACUCAUCAACAAUUCUUUGUUAGAAGUUUUUACUGAAAGGGAAAAUAGAAGACGUGUGAAGAUGCAUGAUCUUUUAAGGGACAUGGCCUUACAUAUCGCAAAAUCUCGAUUCUUGGUAAAAUCUGGGACGAUGUUAACGGAGCCACCACAUGUGCAAGAGUGGAGCAAGGGUCUAGAGAAAGUUUCAUUGAUGAGUAAUCCCAUGUUGGUUAUACCCCCGAAAAUGCCACCCCCAAAGUGCCCCAGGCUCACAACAUUGUUGUUGUCUUAUUGUCAUAUAACGAGUAUUCCAGAAAACUUUUUCAAGCAUAUGCAUGUGCUUAGGAUUCUUGAUCUCUCUGAAAAUCCUAUCAAGAAUCUUCCACAUUCCUUAUCAAAGUGUCCCAAGUUCACAACAUUGUUGUUGUCUGAUUGCGGUAUACAAAGUAUUCCGGAUGGCUUCUUCGACCAGAUGAAUGGGCUCAAGAUUCUUGAUCUUUCCGAAAAUCCUAUCAAGAGUCUUCCACGUUCCUUAUCAAAUUUGAAGAAUCUCACUUCAUUAUUGCUGGCUGAUUGUGAUGAUUUAGAGAAUGUUCCGUCGUUGUCAAAUUUUAAAGCUUUAAAGAAGUUGGAUCUCCAAAGAACAGGUAUCAAGGAAGUUCCUCAUGGAAUGGAAAACCUGGUGAGUCUCGAAUACCUAAACUUAGGAUAUUUCAACAACCUAAACGAAAUACCAAAUGGAAUACUUCCAAGUCUUUGUUGUCUUCAAGACUUGAUCGUCGGUGUAACACCGAUGAGUGGAAAGGAGGUUGGUGGAUUGAAGAAAUUGGAAAUACUUAAAGGGAGGUUUAACGACUGUCACAACUUAAAUAUGUACCUCCAAGCUCUUCGUGGCCGAGAAGAGCCUCUCCAAUACAUAAUAUACGUGGGAGAUGUAAAAUGGCAUGCGGUGUUUGUCGAUACAAGAAAACUCAUCGUUGUAAGUGGUUGUAACAUCUAUACAUACCAGAUUGUGCUUCCACGUGACAUCGAGGGAUUGCAUGUUGGGGAUUGCGACGUUGAAUGUGGUGAAGAAUACCCUCUUUUCUCCAGGUUUAUCCUCUUCUCGGUUGGCUCCUUUUCAUCCCUUAAAUUUCUUUACAUGUAUGAUUGUAGAAAUAUGAAGAAGUUGUUCUCUCCAAACUGUGUGCCGCCCAAUUUACAAGAGCUUAGAGUUUUUGGGUGCAAGCAAGUGGGGGAAAUAAUAGCAUCAGAAGUUGAAAGGGAGAAAGGAGGAGGGAUUGUUACCAUGGAAUUUCGUCUUCCCCAAUUAAGGGAUUUGGAUUUGUGGGAUCUACCUGAAUUGAAGAGCAUUUGCAGUGUGGAUGCAGCACUGGUCUGUGAUUCCCUUGUAGAAAUUGAGAUACUUAAAUGUCCCAAAUUAAAAAGGAUGGCUCUUACUCUUCCCCAACUUGAUAAUGUGUCAUCAUCUGCAUCUGCAAAUCUCCAUCUCUCCAUUUGGAUAAGUCCAAAGGAGUGGUGGGAAUCAGUGGAGUGGGAUGCCAAGCCUCUUUUGGAGCCCUUCGUGAGGGAAAGGUAAUGGCAAGAUCAAACGGAGCAGUCGACAAGUAAAAUUGGCAGU